GCAUUUGUUCAUGAGUAAGGUGUGUCCUCUCUAUAAGUAUUUCAAGGAAUAGAUACAACGAUCACCAUGUUGAAAUACGUUUUGGCCAUCGUCUGUCUCCACAACUUGGUAUCGGUUUACUGCUUGACUGUCUCCUGUCCUAACGGCUACACCCGGCAUGCCUCGUCGUGUUAUAGAUUCCAUCAUGUGGGUCUUUCCUGGCCGGAAUCCGUGACAUUUUGUAAGGCUACGGGAUCCCAUUUGGUCAGAGUGGAAACGGAAGCUGAACAUGACUUCCUGAAGCUUAAGGCUAAGGAAAUGCUUGGUAGGUAUCCUCUGUACUCAUUUUGGAUAGCAGCAACUGAUGCUGUAACAGAUGGUGAGUGGGCGUGGGCGGACACAUUAACCAGCCUUACAUAUAAGAAAUGGGCCCUAGGUCAGCCGAACAAUGGUCUGGGCGAGGACUGUGCUGGUCUGUACUACCAGGGCGGAUACGACUUCGGGGACUGGCUCUGCAGAACGUUACUACACCCCAUAUGUGAAAUUGAUUUCACAGAUGGGAUCGAAUUGGUUGGGUGACAUAAAGAGUAAAUUUCAAAAUCAUUUUGACUCAAUUUUAUGAAAAAUAAAUAGUCACAUAUAGCACAGA